AUGAAACCACCCUCCAUCCUCGCCCCUCUUCUCCUCCCCCUAGCCUUCACAGCCCCAUCUCCGGCCUGGAAAUGCACCUCCGUCUCCCCGCCGGGACCGGGCCCAGGCCACGCUUCCCUCCUCGCCAUCCACGGCACCUUCACCCGCCUCUACGGGCCCGACCCCCUCACCCUAGGUCCCGAACAGGCCCGCGUCGCGAUCUGCGGCGGUCUCCUCUUCGGCCUCUGGAACGGCCACCCACACGCCGUCGUCGAAAAGGCUGGCCGGAGAGAGACGCUCGUCUUCUGGGACCCAAAGCCGGAGGGGACCCAGUGCCUCGGCCACGCCGACGACGCCGACGCGGCGCUCGACGACGACCUGAGGCUGACAUACAUGUUCGGCGUCGGCGAGGAUUCGUGGGUCAGCGGGGGGUUGACCGAGGUCAGGCGCUGCGAGGACGAGGGUUAA